UUCCCUCCCUCCCAGCCGCGUGCUUCCUCCCCUCCCCCUCGCCUCCCUCCCUCGCGGAGCGGGCAGCAGUAGCCGCUUCAGCCGUGCUGGAGAUGGGAAGUGAGCGCGCGCCGCGCAGCAGCUCGGGAUCCUCCGCCCUCCCCGCCCGCUGCUCCCCGCGUCCCCGCCGCCGCUGUCGCCGCCUCGGCGUCCCCCAGCUCCAGUCCCUCUUCUAGGACAGCGCCGCCGCCACCGCUCGGCCCUGCCCGCCGCCUGCGCCGCGCAGCCCUCACGCGCUCCCGGAUGGCGCCUUCCUCCCCGGACCGGUUUAUAAUGUAAUAAUUCAAGAAUUUUAUCAUACCUUGGAGUAGCUUAACAACUGUCUAUGUGCUUCCCAUGAUAUGUUCUCUACAUUUUUCCAGUGUUGCCUAUAAAGAACACCAGUUAUUCAUUUAGGGAAAUUGCUUGAUCAAUGCUAUGCAGAGCCGUUGUAAGCUUUUUCUGCUGAGAGGAGAAAAGAGUGAUAUGCCAGAUUGAAACAACUGGAAAAACAGAUCGCUGAAUUACAAGUGAAGAUAAAAUUAGAUGCACCCUCCAAUAACUGGAAAAAUAAUGACCUCGGCAUCCAAAGGAAUUCUCCGCCCAUUUUUAAUCGUCUGCAUUAUCCUGGGCUGCUUCAUGGCAUGUCUGCUCAUUUACAUCAAGCCCACCAACAGCUGGAUCUUCAAUCCGAUGGAGUCAGCCAGCACUGUGCUGAAAAUGAAAAAUUUCUUCUCCACCAAAACUGAUUAUUUUAACGAAACUACGAUUCUGAUUUGGGUGUGGCCAUUUGGGCAGACCUUUGACCUUACAUCUUGCCAAGCAAUGUUCAACAUCCAAGGAUGCCAUCUCACGACGGACCGGUCCCUGUACAACAAAUCGCAUGCGGUUCUGAUCCAUCACCGAGACAUCAGUUGGGAUCUGACUAAUUUACCUCAGCAGGCGAGGCCACCCUUCCAGAAAUGGAUUUGGAUGAAUUUGGAAUCACCAACUCACACACCCCAGAAGAGCGGCAUCGAGCACCUGUUCAACCUGACUCUGACUUAUCGCCGCGACUCAGAUAUCCAAGUGCCUUAUGGCUUCUUGACGGUGAGCACAAACCCCUUCGUGUUUGAAGUGCCAAGCAAAGAGAAGUUAGUGUGCUGGGUUGUAAGUAACUGGAACCCUGAGCAUGCCAGGGUCAAGUAUUACAAUGAGCUAAGCAAAAGCAUUGAAAUCCAUACCUAUGGGCAAGCAUUUGGAGAGUAUGUGAAUGAUAAAAAUUUGAUUCCUACCAUAUCUACUUGCAAAUUUUAUCUUUCCUUUGAAAACUCAAUCCACAAAGAUUACAUCACAGAAAAGCUCUACAAUGCUUUUCUGGCUGGCUCUGUGCCUGUUGUUUUGGGGCCAUCUAGGGAAAACUAUGAGAAUUAUAUUCCAGCAGAUUCAUUCAUUCAUGUGGAAGAUUAUAACUCUCCCAGUGAGCUAGCAAAGUAUCUGAAGGAAGUAGAUAAAAACAAUAAAUUAUACCUUAGUUACUUUAACUGGAGGAAAGAUUUCACAGUAAAUCUUCCACGAUUUUGGGAAUCACAUGCAUGCUUGGCUUGUGACCAUGUGAAAAGACAUCAAGAAUAUAAAUCCGUUGGUAAUUUAGAGAAAUGGUUUUGGAAUUAAAGUUUUCCAUCAU